UAACUUCAUUUCAGGUGAUAAUUUAUUAGAGCAAUGAGGCCACUGUGUAGCAUACAGUAGUUAUUGUCCAUAUGAAUAUAACUUAUUCUGCCAGAUCCUCUCUAAUGUGCAGCAGGGAAAUCUGUGUCUGGAAAUGGUCCUGCAAGUUCCAGUCACAUCCAACCUUGGACUUCUGGCAAAAAAAAUUACAGUAAGCACUUUGGGACGAAUCCAAUGCCAUCUAAGUUAGGUAAUCACAAUACUCCUGGAUGGCGUGUGCCUUCUGGAGCAAAAAAUAACCUUGUGAUAAGCUUUUCAGAUGAUGACAGUGGAAGUGGUUCCGAAGGAGAUAAAACAGAAAAGACUGCAAAAAAGAAAAGCGAUGGAUAUAAGAAACCACCUAUUUCUUUGCAAUCAAAAUCAGAAAUUUUGCGACGAACUACAAGUAAUCAAGUGAAUCCAAAGAAAUUGGUGCCUAGUCGUACUUCCUUGCCAUCAAUGACUAAAAUCCAUGGAGCCAGUUCUAGGAGUUCAGGACCAUCUACUGCUGAGCAGGGCUCUUCUGUUCGAAGUGUUGAUCCUGCCAAUAAGAUGGUGGCAGGCCGAGAUUGUGGAAAUGACCAACGUAUAAAUGGGAAAAGUGACAACCUAGAGAGCUUACGACAGCAGAUUGCCAUUCGAGAAAAUGAGCUGAAGCUUAAAACUGGCCAACAGAAGGAAACAAUUUCAGGACCAUCUAUGGAUUACAUUGGUGCAAAGCCAAUCAGCAAUGCAGCCAAGAAGGGUAGAUUAGCUUCUUCUAAUACUGUACAGUUGGCUUCUAAUGAACAGGACAAGAAACGUCUAAAACUCAGUGAACCUACUCACCGUAAGUUAAAUUCAGAUGGCCUACUGCCGAUGCAUAUACCUGCAACAAAAUCUUUACCAGAAUUAAAAAUGCCAUCUGUGGAAAACAAUCAUCUUACAGACCACAAUUUGGUAGCUUACAAUCAAUGUAGCAAAGAAACUCGUGUGGCCACAACUGAUCCAGGUAUUGAUGAAGUGCAAGAGAAAGAUGAGCAGGUUCCUGUUUCAUCUGGAAAUCAACUUAGAGUGAAAGAUGGCAUCUCUACCAAUUACAAUCAGUCUGACAAGAGCAGUGAUCUGUUGGAUUCAUUUACCGUGAUCAAUCAAAGCUCAAGUUUGCCUAAGACAGCACCCAGAGAAGAUGAUCAGCCUGCAUUCCAACUGAAGAUGUCUUCCCCAAAGAAACCGCACACUGAAUUGAAGCAUUCUGGUACAUUUGAGGAGAGCCAGUCAUUCACAUUCUUCCAGAACAAAGCGACAUCUAAUCAUAACUUGGUGAGAAGCAGCGAGUACAAUGAGCUUAUAUCCUGUGGUGGAACACUUAAUCCAGCAUCUGAAAAUCCAAGUGAUAAGUGUUACCUCGAUUUUUCUGAAAGCAAGUUGGGGGCUUCUGAUGUGAACUAUAACAGCAUGGAUAUGCAAUCCUUAGUUAAAAUCGAGGAGCUGCUAGACAAAGAAUUGGAAGAUGCCCAAGAGCUUAGGCAUGGAUGUGAGCUUGAAGAAAGAAACGCACUGAAAGCUUAUCGUAAAGCCCAAAGGUCUCUUGCAGAGGCUAAUGCUAGAUGUACUUAUCUUUAUCAGAGAAGAGAAUUGUUUUCAGCCAAAUCACGAGCUCUCAUAAUGGAGGGUUCUAAUUCUUUGUGGACUUCUGGGUGGGAUAAACAGAUGGGGAUUGGGUUGGAUUCCUCACAUAUUGUUCCUGAAGCUAAUGGGGGUUUAUUGCCCACAUUACACCACCAGAUGCAAGCUGAGCUUGACGGUUUGAAUCAGCUUACCCGUGAUUCAACUGUUCGAUGUACGUAUGGUGCAGUCAAUACGUCUUACCAGCAUAUGAGUGGACAAAAUUUAGGAUCUGAACCUUGCAGUGAGCCUGAUGUUAGUACGUCUGAAUUGUUGCAUCAUAAGGACAACGAUACUGCAAAUGGAAUCUGUACUCCAUCAAACCAUCCCAAUAUGUCAGCGGAUGAAGAUGAAGAGACUUUUCCUUCUGACCACGGAGCUGUUCAAGUCACGCUAGAACGUAAUAACAAGGAGGAAGACCCUGAAAGAAGGGAAUCAGACACCAACCAUGGAUCCAAACAAAAAUAUUUCAUGGAUGGCUCUGAUGAUUCUGCCCUUCUUGAAGCUUCAUUAAGGUCUGAGUUGUUUGCGCGACUUGGAAACAGAACUUUGUCGAAGAAGAGUCAUCAGAAUCUCAGUAAAGAAUGUAGUGGUGACAAACGAGCUAAUAUUGACAUUGGAAAUGAGGCUACUACCAUUAUUAGUGUCAGGAACCAAUUAUUCGAGGAGGCAGAGCCAAACCAAGUUUCGGCCACUGGAGGUGCUGAUAGGUCAAAACCAAGUACGUGCGAGCUUUCAUUUCAGAUCCAAGAUCAAUGUCAUGAAGAUGAGUGUUCUUUUGAUCCUGGGCCUGGCAUAACUGCUGAUCCUGACCACCACAGUUCCUCUUUGACAGAACCAUGUACUUCAACUCUGUUUCCAUCUUUGUUACCUCCUUCAGAUAUGAGGAGUGCAUUUGGUCACGUAAUGAUUACAUCCCCUAUAAGAUUUAGAGAACUCCAGUCUGGAGGUCUGGAAGUUUGCAGAUAUGAUAUUGCACAUGAAGCGGACACUGGUGGUAGUGGUAAUGAUAUACUGCUAGAAAUUUUUAGAGCAUGUUCAACUGAGGGCAAUGGAAGAGGUAUGGGAGAAAUGGGUUCUUACACCUGUGAUCUUUCAGUUGAUCCAUUUUGGUCAUUUUGCAUGUUUGAUCUCCGAGGCAAAUGUAAUGAUGAAGAAUGUUGUUGGCAACAUUUCAAAGACGAUUCUCAAAGAAAUAUCAAGCGGCUUGAUAAUCCUGGUAGUGCUGACUGUCAUGUUAGACCAUCAUCACAAAUUGAAAAGUUUACUGGUGCAUGCAAGCUUUCUCAGUUUCCUCACCAUGAUAUCAAGUUAGCUCCAUUGACAUAUUUUGUUGGCUCUGAUCUUCUUAAAGACGAUAUGCUUUCAUAUCAUUCUGUAUUGGCUCGGAGUAUUGGGCAAUGCUGGCAAAAAGGUUUCAGCAUUUCCAUGGCUGUUCCCUUCUCUCUUCAGAAAAACCUACCUGCAGAAGUGCAAUUUUUUCAUCAUAAUGAUGGUUGCAUAGAUGUGCGUCAGAGUUGGAACAGGCAAUAUAUGUAUUUUCAAAGCCAAGAUGAAGCGAGGGGUCAGCUCAACCAAGGAGAUCUUGAGCAGUCACUAGAGAUGGCACUUACACUUUCCAAUCAAGAUGUCAGGAAGUUAGAUGCAAAGAAGAAGGCUCCCUUUGUUCUGUCACGAGCUCUUGAGACUGAUCCAACAUCUGUGGUCCUCUGGAUUGUUUAUCUUCAUAUUUACUAUAGGAAUGAGAAAGAAAUUGGAACAGAUGACAUGUUUUCGCAUGCGAUACACUCUAAUGACGAUUCUUAUGAGCUCUGGCUAAUGUACAUCAACAGUCGGGUACAGCUAAAUGAUCGGUUGCUUGCAUAUGAAAAUGCAUUGUCAGCACUUUGCCGCCAUGCAUCUGCUCCUGAUGGAGAUAAAGCGCUUGCUAGUGCAGGCAUCUUGGAUCUGUUUUUACAGAUGAUGGAUUUCCUACGCAUGUCUGGAAGUAUAGGGAAGGCCAUCUUAAGAAUCUAUGCACUCUUACAUCUGGUGCUGGAUCAUAAAGAUGUCUGCUCCAUGUUGCCCUCAGACAUCCUCACAUGCUUAACAGUGUCUGACAAAUGCAUUUUUUGGAUUUGUUGUGUUUACCUAGUGAUGUACAAAAAACUGCCUGAUGCAGUUGUACGGCAGUUUGAGUGUGAGAAAGAACUCCCAUUUUCUAUAGACUGGCCUUUCAUUCAAUUAACGGCUGAUGAGAAGCAUCGGGCUGCAGAACUGAUGGAAAUGGCAGUAGAAUCAGUUGCUUCUUGUAUCAAUGGUGAUUCGGAUGAAAAGGGAACUGCUCUCAGAUCAGCACACGUGAUAUCUUUGAAUCAUGUUAGAUGUAUCGCAGUACUCGACGGCUUAGAUUGCUGUAAAACUUUGUUGCACAAAUAUGUUAAACAGUACCCGAACUGCUUAGAACUUGUUCUGACCUUCGCUCGAUUUUGUGAGGAUGGUUUUGUGGAUUUGGGUUUUAAAAGGUUUGAAGAGGUCUUGCACGGCUGGCCUAGAGAGAUCCCUGGAGUACAAUGCAUUUGGAACCAGCAUGCCGAAUUUGCUCUGGAGAAUGGAAGAGUUGAUUUUGCAAAACGACUGAUGGUUCAGUGGUCUCAAUCUACUUGGAAAGUUCAAAAUCCUCAGAAUGGAAUAGAUGUCUCAGAGGAUAUCGAUUUACACAUUUCUUUGGAAUCACCUCCAUGUUCAAUUUCCGACGACGCCGUUGCUUUUUCUAACACCAGGGAUAAAUACUUUGGGUUGCUUAAUCUUUCCCUUCAUAGAUUCUUGCAGGAAGACAAGGCUGGGGCUCGUUUGGCAAUGGAUAAAGCAUUGCAGGUAGCUGCUACUGAGGAUUUUAAGCACUGUGUUAGAGAGCAUGCCAUGUUUUUCCUUUUGGAUGAGUCAGAAUCAAUAGGUUCUAGUUCUAUGAGUGUUAUAAUGAGUCUUCUGAACAGAUAUUUGGUUGAUACCCGGUCUUUUCCCUUCACUGAGCUAUUAUCCAGAAAAUUUAUACGAAACAUCAAGAAGCCUAGAGUUCGGCAGCUCAUUAAUAAGAUGUUGCCUCCAAUACCCUUUGACUGUUCUCUUGCAAACUUGGUUCUUGAAGUUUGUUAUGGCACAUCUCUGCUACCAGAAAAAUACAAUAGAAUAUCAGAUUUGGUGGAUCUUGUUGAGGGUAUUAUGGAGAUUCUGCCAGCUAACUACUUUUUAGCUUUAUCAGUUAGUAAGUUGAUUACUACGAAUUCCAACUCUGCUGGUAUUGUGUCCACUGGUGUUUCCUUCUGGGCAAGCUCUGUUUUGGUAAGUUCCAUCUUUCAGGCUGUCCCAGUGGCACCAGAGCAUAUAUGGGUAGAAGGUGCAGGUAUUUUGAUGAAGUUAGUAGAAGUUCAGGAAAUGUGUGAGAGGUUCCAUCAGAGGGCUUUAUCUUUAUAUCCAUUUUCCCUUGAGCUGUGGAAAUCAUAUUUCAACCUUUCUAAGAUGACAGGGAACAUGGCUGCUGCUAUAGCAGCGAAAGAAAGGGGCAUAGAACUGGACUGACGUUUUACUUCCCUUUCAUCUUUUUUUUUUUUUUUUUCUGAAUGAAAUCACAGCCUUUCAGACCAGUAUUUACCCUCAGAAAUUAUGCUGCCUCACUAUGGGGUGGAGACACAAGGACAGUGGAGGCCUCGAUACAAUCUAGGCAUAGUAGUUCAAACAUGCUUAGGUAUGCUCAGGUGAAUCUCGUGUAGAAACAUCAUGGAAGUUAUGGUUGUCGGUUCUCUUAAGAUCAGGGGUUUUAGAUGUUGGCAGUGAUUUGGAGAACCAUCUAUACAAUAUAGGAAGCUGACUGAAGGGGGUUUUGGUUACAUAAGCAGGUAACUACCCUGGAAAUUCAUGACGGGCUUUCGGCUGUAAAGUGGAAGUAUGGAAUCCUAUUUUACUAAUUUUUUUUUUUUUUCCUGAACACUAGAAAGGGAAGGGGUAGAAGUAACAAAACCCUCGUGUGAAUGCCAUACAAUGUAACUAAUGGAUAUAGAAUAGUUGCAGAUAGUUUUGUACUUUUUAUGAGUACAAAAGGAGAACAGAAUGAAUCCAAUAUUUGUUUUCUUACACAAAGCCUGUUUGGCUGUGUGGAUUAUAUAGUUCUGUAAUCAAAUGUGUUUUAUUACUUCUUUCAA